AUGUCAGAGUUUUUUUUCUUUUCUCCUCCUCCUUCCUCUUCUUCUUCCUUGCUCCAUCCACCAUCCUUCGGCCAAAUUCCAGACCUGCUGCCCCGCUCCGGCUCCGCCCGCCCCUACCCCGGCCCCGCUCGUGCCUCGCCGUCCCCGGUCUCUGCCCUCGCCGCGCCGCCCCCGCCCCGGCUCCGUCCGCUCCGCCCCCCAGGCUCCGCCCGCACCGCCUCGGCGCCGCCCGCCCCAGCCCACGCCCGCGGCACGCCGCCCCGGCCACGGCCCCGGCCCUGCCCGCCCCAGCCCUGCCCGCGCCAGUGUCGCCCCGUCCCGACUCUCGCCCGCGCUACGCCGCCCCCGCCCCGGCUCCGCCCGGCCGGGCCCCCGCCCGCGCCACCUAGCCUCGGCCCCGCCCUCGCUGGCCACGCCCGCGCCGCUCCUCCCCGGCCACGCCUGCUCCGCCCAGCAGCAAGCUCACCCUGCCCCACGCGAGCUCAAGCUGCCCACGAGCUCGCCCCGCCCGCGCCGCUCCACGCCGCAGCGAGCUCGCCUCGCCCCGCCCCGUGCCGCCCCAUGCUGUCGCGAGCUCGCCGAAAUUUGGUUGACAUUCGGCCGGAUUUUAUCGAAUUUGGUCCUAUUUCGGUAGUUUUCCGGCGGAAGUGCACUGUUUGGAGCUGA